CUCACUCCAGGCUUCUCCCCUGCCACACAAGAGGGAGGGGGAGAGGAGAAAACAGAAGGGUCCCUUCACACUGACAGCACCCAACUGCCCACCUCACAUCUGCAGCCGGCAAACCAUGAGGAAGAGUCUAUUUGCCCCUACAGUCACUUCACCUUUGAUUUAAAACCUUCACCCACUUCCACAAGGGAUGAUGGAGGAGCAAUACAUUUCCAAACUCCACCCGGUUGUGGAUUACGGAGCUGGGGUCUUUCUUCUGAUCAUAGCCAUCCUGACAAUCCUUGGCAAUUCAGUUGUCCUUGCUACAGCUGUGAAACGCUCUUCCCUCCUGAAGUCACCAGAGCUGCUUACAGUCAACUUGGCAGUAGCAGAUAUUGGAAUGGCAAUCAGCAUGUAUCCGCUGGCCAUUGCAUCCGCCUGGAACCACGCUUGGCUGGGAGGAGAUGCGUCCUGCAUAUAUUAUGCCCUGAUGGGUUUUCUUUUUGGUGUCUGCAGCAUGAUGACCCUGUGUGCCAUGGCUGUGAUUCGAUUUCUUGUCACCAAUUCAUCCAAAUCUGACAGUAACAAAAUCACCAAGAACACUGUUCGCAUCUUGAUUACCUUCAUCUGGCUCUACUCCUUGCUCUGGGCCGUUCUGCCCUUGGUAGGCUGGGGCUACUAUGGCCCUGAGCCAUUUGGCAUCUCUUGUACAAUCGCCUGGAGCAAGUUCCACAACUCUUCCAACGGCUUUUCAUUCAUCCUGAGCAUGUUCCUCCUGUGCACAGUCCUGCCUGCACUGACCAUCGUUACCUGUUACUUGGGAAUUGCCUGGAAGGUUCAUAAAGCAUACCAAGAGAUCCAGAAUGUUGACAGGAUCCCUAAUGCAGCUAAACUGGAGAAGAAGCUGACAUUGAUGGCUGUGCUCAUCUCUGUGGGGUUCCUGAGCUCCUGGACACCGUAUGCAGCAGCCAGCUUCUGGUCCAUAUUUAACUCCAGUGAUUCCCUACAGCCCGUUGUUACACUGCUGCCCUGUCUGUUUGCCAAAUCUUCAACAGCGUAUAACCCUUUUAUUUACUACAUCUUCAGCAAAACUUUCCGUCGUGAAAUUAAACAAUUGCAGUGUUGCUGUGGCUGGCGAGUUCCUUUCUUCAGCACCAACAACUCCGCUGAAAAUCCUGUGUCGAUGAUGUGGAGCGGGAGGGACAAUGCGCGUCCCUCUUCUGCUGCAAAGGUGGAGAACCAGGGAGCUGCAACUCGCUGAAAUGCAGCGAUGGUUUCACAACACAGGUCGAAACUUGGGCUCGCUCAGGGGUC